GUAUUAUUAUAUUAUAUGAAGAUGCAAAUAUUUUUUACUUCAUAAAUUAUAAUUGUACCUUUUAGCAUCUCUUAUCAAUCAAUGGUGUGCUACUGUUUUAUUUGUGUAUUUUAAGACAAUAAUUUAUUUAUGCAAUUAAUGAUAAAUUUUGUGUGAUUGUUAAUCUAAUUGUUAUGUCAAAUACAAAUUUCUUUUGAACAAUGAUUAUAAUAAUUUUAGUUAUGUAAAUAUAAAUAAGAGUUCAAGCGAAAUAAACUGCUUCAUAAAUCAUUAAAAGCCAUUGAUUCUAUUCUUUCGAUGGAUGAUACAAUGUUAAUAGAUAUCGAAGAUCAUAAUGAAAGCAAGAUGUGUGCUACUAGUCCUAAUAUACAUGAAAAGACCUUAAAUAGCCUUGCACAUGAAUGGAGUUCCUGUGACAUAUUUGAAAGAAAUGAAAAUGAUAUUAAAAUACAAUAUGUUGUUAAUGAAGAAGAAGAAGAAGAAGAAGAAGAAGAAAAAGAUUUACAAAUAGAAAUUGACAAACAAAAUACUUCAACUUUUUCUCAGAAUGAAACAGAUACUCAUUGGCAAGACAAUACAUUUUUAAAUGCAUUUACACAAUUGGAUUCUUACGAUGUAAAAGAUAAUGUUUUGGAGUGCUUUAAGCAGGUAACUCAAAAUUUUGAGAACUGUUUGGAAGAAACGCUUCCCACAGAAAUUAUAGGUUCAGUACAUGUGCCAAAUAAUGAGCAACAAAAUUUCAAAUCAUUAAAAAGAAAUUCAAUUGAUUAUAGUAAUGCUAUUCCACAUAAAAUAUGUCAUUUAGAUGAUAAAAUAAUCAAACAAAGUACAAACAUUCAUCAUAAAAGUUCAAUAAACAAUGAUACAUUUUAUGGUCUACCAAAUAAAGUAAAGGAACUUUUCUUGCGAAUAAGGGGUAUUAGUACAUUAUAUCAAUGGCAAGACGAUUGUUUGAAUUUAGAUGCAGUAAAGAAUAAAAAAAAUUUAAUUUAUGCACUUCCUACUAGCGGGGGUAAAACAUUGGUUGCAGAAAUACUAAUGUUGCAGGAGCUUAUAUGUAAUAAAAAAAAUGCAAUAUUUAUAUUGCCAUUUGUUGCUAUAGUACAAGAGAAAGUUCAAGCAAUGACACCAUUUGCACUUGAAUUAGAUUUCUUAGUUGAAGAAUAUGCAGCAUCAAGAGGAACCUUUCCCCCCAAAAAGCGUCGCAAAAAAAAUACUAUAUACAUGUGUACUAUAGAGAAAGCAUUGGGUUUAAUAAAUAGUUUAAUAGAAGAAAAUCGUUUUAAUGAGAUUGGUAUUAUAGUUAUUGAUGAAUUACAUCUUCUUGGAGAAACUGGAGGAAGAGGAGCAACAUUGGAAGUUCUUUUAACAAAAGUAUUGUACAUUAGUAGUAAUGUUCAUAUUGUUGGAAUGAGUGCAACGAUAGGUAACUUAGAGGAAAUAGCAACAUUCUUAAAUGCAGAUUUAUAUACUGCAAAUUUUCGUCCUGUUGAAAUUAAAGAAUAUGUGAAAUGUGAAGAAAAUAUUUGGUUACUUGAUUUAAAGACAGAAGAUGUGCUGACAGAUGUGAAAAAGAUCAAUUAUCGCUAUUCAAAUGAUGCAGCAAUGAUAGAUCCAGAUCGAAUUGGAGGUUUAGUAAUGGAUGUAAUUCCAAAAAACUCAUGUCUCAUAUUUUGUUCAAGUCGUAAAAAUUGUGAAAAUGUUGCUCUGUUGUUAUCUAAACUUUUAUUCAAAUCAUUAGAAGAUUAUAAAAGAGAUGAAAAACAAAAAUUAUUAAAUGCACUUGAAAGUGAAGAAGGUCUUUGUCCUAUCUUACACAAAACCAUAAAAUUGGGUGUAGCCUAUCAUCACUCUGGCCUUACAUCUGAAGAAAGACGGUUAUUGGAAGAUGCUUUUAGAGCAGAGACUCUUUCUGUAAUAUGCUGUACAUCAACACUAGCAACUGGAGUAAAUUUACCAGCAAGAAGGGUGAUAUUAAGAAGUCCAUAUGUUGGCAAUCAGUUUCUAAAUUUAAGUAGAUACAAACAAAUGACAGGAAGAGCUGGUCGUGCUGGUAUGGGAAAUGUAGGAGAGAGUAUACUAAUAUGCAAAAAUAAUGAAUUAGAAAGGGUAACAGAACUUUUGAAAUCUAAAAUGGAUGAUUCCUUAAGCACAAUACACAUAGACAGAGACAGAGGUAUAAAUAAUUUAAUUUUAAGUGCUAUAUUAUUACAUAUAGCAACAACUAGAUGUGAACUACACAAAUUAGCGAAAAAAACAUUACUUAAUAUUCAACAAAAACGUUUAAAUGUAAAUGUUAAACAAAUCGUGGAUGAUGCACUAACUGAAUUUCUAAAAGCUAAUGUAAUGAAAAUAAAGGAGAAAGAGACAAAUUUGGAUAUAUUCAAACCAAAUGUAAGCGUUGUUUUUCCAUCACAAACUAUAUCUUCUAAUGACACAAUUAUAGAAACACAAAGAAAAAGAAUAUUAAAGCUUACUAAUGAAACUGAAUUAGAGUUAUGUAGCCUCGGACGUGCAGCUAUGAAAGGUUGCAUUGAUAUGCAGUGUGCAUAUACAUUGUAUCAAGACUUAAAAAAAGCUCAGGAACAUUUAAUUCUUAUUGAUUAUUUACAUCUUUUAUAUCUUGUUACUCCUUAUAAUUUAAUAUCUCAGAUAAAGCCGACAGGAACAAUUUAUUAUGAUGUGGUGACUGGUUUAUCAGAAACACAAAUGAAAACAGCAAGACUUCUAGGAAUUAAUGAAGUAAAUAUAGGUAAAAUACGUGAUGGAUUAAUGCCUAAGAAUGUGGAACCGAGAGUGAUACAUAGAUUUUAUAUAACAUUAAUACUGUAUGAUUUGUGGCGUCAACAUGCAGUAUAUGAUAUAGCAGAAAAAUAUGAAAUAAAUCGAGGUAUUAUACAAAAUCUUUUGACUGCUGUAUCAUCGUUUGCACUUUCUGUAAUUCGAUUUUGUCAGGAAUUGGAUGAAUUUUGGGCAUUUAAGGAUUUAUUGAAUGUGUUUAGUAAAAGAUUGUCGUAUUGUUGCCCUUUAGAGUUAGAGGCAUUGAUGGAUUUGCCUUUAGUCAAAAUUGGUAGAGCGCGUCAGUUGUACAAUGCCGGGUUUAAAACAAUGCAGUGCAUAGCUAAAGCUCAACCAAUGGAUUUACAAGAAAAAAUUCCAUAUUUAAGUAAAAAAACUGCCAGACGAAUUAUUGAGGCUGCCAAAUUACGAAUAGUGGAAAAAAUAGAAGAUUUGAAAGAAGAAAGAGAAGAUAUUUUAGAUGGCAUACAUAUGAAUGUCUUAAAGGGAUUUUAAAUUGUAUAAUUUUUAAAUAUGGUAUAUAUAUAUAAAUAAAAAUUAAAGAUUUAUAUAGUAUAUUACAAUACAAUCUAAUUAUAAAGUUUUGUCAAUUACAAAUAAAAUCGAUAAAUUUGUUCA